AUGGUUGUUCGCAUACCAGUUCUGAAUUUCAGCACCACUAACAGAGGGGCUUCCAACCUAAGCACCAAUGUCAGUGAUGGGGACACCUUGGUGCCCCAGGACUCCUUCGGCCUGAGCAGGACUGGCCACACGGUGGUGGCAGUGGCUAAGACCAACCUGCAGUUGGCCCAGAGACGAGAGCAGCACAUCCUGAUCAUGGUGCUGUCCAUGGUGUCGUGCUACCUGUUAUGCUGGAUGCCCUACGGCGUCAUGGCCCUAGUGGCCACCUUCGGCCGGUCAGGCCUGGUCACCCCUGUGGCCAGCGUGGUGCCCACCGUCUUGGCUAAGAGCAGCACCGUCAUCAACCCUGUCAUCUACGUGCUGUUCAACAACCAGUUUCACAGAUGUUUCGUGGCCUUUCACUCGCUCGGCUCUCCACAUACACUAGGCUACAGGAACCCCAGCAAUUCCCCCCCGUGUGGCCUGCGGAGUGAGUGGCACACCGGGUCUCUGGUGGGCCACUACACCCCCUGA